CUUAUGGGAACUGCUAACUUGUCAUAUCUGAACCCGAAGACAGUGACCCUGAUUGGGAUCCCUGGACUAGAGCACGUGCAGUUUUGGAUUGGAUUUCCUUUCCUUAGUGUGUGCCUGGUGGCUCUGCUAGGGAACAUCUUCUUAAUAAUCAUCAUUGCAACAGAACGCAGUCUUCACCAACCCAUGUAUAUCUUCUUGGCAGUGUUGGCAGCCACUGACCUAGGGCUCUGUGUAGCCAUUGCUCCCAAGAUGUUGGCUAUCUUCUGGUUUGGCUCUUGUUCCAUGGCUUUUGAUGCUUGCCUCACGCACCUCUUCUUCAUCCAUGCCUUUCAGGGCAUGGAAUCUGGCAUCCUGUUAGCCAUGGCCUUUGACCGCUAUGUUGCCAUCUGUGAUCCUUUGAGGUAUACAUCCAUCCUCACACGUCUCUUUCUAGUUCAGAUGGUACUGAUGGUGACAAUUCGGGCAAUGGUGCUAGUUGGGAUUUUACCCAUUCUACUCAAAAGAUUGAAAUAUUUCCAAUCUGUGGUUAUUGCUCAUUCUUACUGUGAGCACAUGGCUGUGGUCAAGUUGGCUGCAGAAGAUGUCCAUAUUAACAAAUCAUAUGGGCUCUUUGUGGCUUUUGCAAUUCUAGGUUUUGACAUGAUCUUUGUUUUCAUGUCCUACAUUCUGAUUUUUCAGGCUGUUUUUCGUCUGCCUCAGAAGGAGGCACGACUCAAAGUGCUCAACACUUGCACUUCCCAUAUUGUCAUCUUCCUGGAAUUUUAUAUCCUUGCCUUUUUUUCCUUCUUCAGCCACCGUUUGGGACAUGUAUCACCCUAUGCCCAUAUCUUCUUGUCUACUAUCUAUCUGCUUAUUCCCCCUGCCCUUAACCCCAUUGUCUAUGGUGUGAAGACCAAGGAGAUCCGCAGGCACGUUACUCAGAUUUGUAUUCUGGAGCAUGACACCCAGCAGUAA